GGAAAAGCGAGUUUCACCUCGUCGAGUUGUUGACAAUAUUGAGCAGAGAGUAGAAGAAUUUGAAUAAUUUAUUGUGAAUCGCGCACUUUUAUUUAUUUUUUUGACGUACGCAAUCGAGUCGAGUUUCGUCAGCUGUUUAUCGUUGAAAUGUACGAUGUUAUCUAGUGUUUUGUGACCCGACACAUUUUGCAACACGAUUCCAAUUAGAAAACAAACCAGUCGAUCUUAAAGCAGCAAAGGGAAAAGUUGUAAAAGCGAUUUUCAAGUAAUCGAGAGCAAGAAAAGUAAAGAGUAAAGAAAAGAGUGUGAGUGAUGCCAGAAGUUUCUCAGGACGCUUUCGAGUUGGCGAAUCCCUUGAAGGUUGCUAGGAACAAUACCAUGAUGCGGGCGAGGGCGAAUUCUCAUGGAAAAGACAGACUUCAGUUUCCUUUCACUUCAGGCAUUCAGAAUGCCGAUAUGUUGUCCGACAAGAGGGAACUCGCUCAUAGAAUUUUUGUCAACAGAAGUCUCCACUUGGAGAACAUCAAGUUCUAUGGCUUCGACAUGGAUUACACGUUGGCGGAGUACAAAUCUCCCGAAUACGAGAAACUGGGAUUCGAUCUCAUCAAAGAGCACAUGAUUUCCAUCGGUUAUCCACACGAGAUUGUGGAGUUCGAGUAUGAUCCCAACUUUGCCAUCAGAGGUUUGUGGUUUGACAGUCAGUAUGGCAAUCUGUUGAAAGUGGACGCAUACGGUAACAUUUUGAUCGCAGUCCACGGCUUCGAAUUCAUCAAACAUUCGCAGGUGUACGAAAUGUAUCCGAACAAGUUCCUGCAACUGGAUGAGUCGCGUGUCUACGUCUUGAACACGCUCUUCAAUUUGCCCGAAACUUACAUGUUGGCUUGUCUGGUCGACUUCUUCACCAACUCGCCGCAAUACACGAAAACCGAAACCGGUGUGAAACUGGGCGAACUGUUCAUGUCUUACAAAUCGAUCUUUCAAGACGUGAGGAAUGCUGUGGACACUGUUCACUUGAACGGUGCCCUGAAAAACGCCACCACUCAAAAUUUGGAAAAGUACGUAAAAAAGGACGAACGACUGCCCAUGUUCCUGGCGAGGUUGAGGGAAAGUGGAGCGAAGACUUUUCUGCUCACCAACAGUGAGUUUUCCUUCACUAACAAGAUAAUGACGUAUCUGUUUGAUUUCCCACAUGGUCCCAAGACUACAGAUCCACACAGAGAUUGGAAAACCUACUUCGACAUCAUCGUCGUGGAUGCCAGGAAGCCGCUGUUUUUCAGCGAAGGGACGAUCCUGCGUCAGGUGGACAUCGAAACUGGUUCGUUACGUUUGGGAAUCCACACCGGACCGCUCCAACAAGGCCAGAUUUAUUCGGGCGGUUCGUGCGACGUUUUUACCAAAUUGAUCGGAGCCAAGGGCAAAGAUGUUUUAUAUGUGGGUGAUCACAUUUUCGGCGACAUCUUGAAAAGCAAAAAAAUCCGAGGUUGGAGAACAUUUUUGAUUGUACCAGAGUUGGUCAGGGAAUUACACGUCUGGACAGACAAGUGUCAGCUCUUCAAUGAACUGCAGAACUUGGACGUUAAGCUUGGAGAGAUGUACAAGAACUUGGACAGCAGUACAAAGGAGAAACCAGACAUUUCAAAUAUUCGAGCGUCAAUUAGAGAUGUUACUCACAAAAUGGACAUGUCCUACGGCAUGAUGGGCAGUUUGUUCCGUUCCGGAUCUCGACAAACGUUCUUUUCUUCGCAGGUGGUGAGGUACGCAGAUCUAUAUGCGGCAACACAUCUCAACUUGUUGUACUAUCCGUUUUCGUACAUGUUUCGAGCUCCCGCCAUGCUUUUGCCCCACGAAUCGACGGUGGCCCACGAACAACGUUACAUUGCUGAAUGGGGCUGUUUCGACAGCAGUAAUGACAACGAUGGAAACGAACAACGCAGAACAACGGUACACAAACCCUUGGAGAGAAGCUCCAGUCAAAUUCCACACGUGCGACCGGAAACUCCUCAGCAAGUUACUCAUAACCACGACGAAGAUUUUUCGGAUGAAGACAGCGACGAGAGGCACAGAAAAGCAGCAGCAUUAGUUAACAAAGUGUGAACGUUCAACUGUAUUAUUUAAUUUUAAGUGUUCACUCAGUUUUUGCACAAUUUUUGCAUUGAUCGUCUUAGUUAGAUGUUUUAUAAUUUUUCUAAUGAUUAAAUGUUUUAAUGGAUAUAUAUUUUUAUAAAGAACGUUACGCCAUUAUUGUUAAGCUAAUUAUGUUUUAACCAUUCACUUGUUUAUUAUAGAAUCUCAAUAAAAAAAUUCUUGUUUCAUUAUUAAUAAAAUAAAUAAUAAUUUUAAUGCAA